CCAAUCAGGAUAAAGAGCGCGGGGUGUGUGUUAUUAGCGUUAGAGGAAGGGGACAGGAAGAAGGAGACGCUGAUGAUAAAGAAAUAAAUAAAAACUAGCAGUUUUGGAAGGUCAGAGUCGCCAUAGCGGGUUUUUAGCCUUCGUUAUUUGAUUUUAUUUUUUUUUUUAAAUAUAUAUAUAUAUAUAUUUCGAAGCUGGGCGGCAGAAUGACUGAUUUCCUGUUCAGGAUCCUGCUGUCUGCCGCUUUCGCCUGCCGAGCAAUCACACUUGAAUCGGGUUGCGAAGGAGCAGGAUGUGGCAGUGCUAAGGCACCGGGAAAGCGUGAUGAACAUAGUGAACUGCUGAAUCAGUUUAACGAGAUGAACGCACCGUCUGCAGCUGGCCAGCACCGGGGCUCUGGAGCCGUGUUACCUUUUAUUGGACUCACUGGAAGUGCUACACAGAGUAGAAACUGCUGUAAGAACGGGGGUACGUGCAUUCUGGGGAGUUUUUGCGCCUGUCCGAAGCACUUCACCGGGCGGAGCUGCGAGUACGACGACCGCGUCAGGAACUGUGGCGUUAUUCCUCAUGGGGAAUGGGUUCAAAAAGGCUGCUCAUAUUGCAGAUGUGGAUAUGGAGUGUUGCACUGCUUUCCUCAGGUCUUUCAUAGCGACUGUGACGAUUCUCAGGAAGUGCGCUGGUUUCGUUCGAACGCCCAGAGAACACCACUGGCCCGCAGUCUCCUGUGUCUGGUGCUGCUUCUUUCAUUUCUGCUUUGAAGACGACUCCAGGACUUGUUUCGCUAUUCCGCUUAGUCUUUUGGUCCCAGAUGUUUUCAGGAGAGAAGGAUAAGAGAAGAAAGAAGUUUUAUGGAUGUACAGCUCUUU